AUGACAAUGACAGCGAUGUUGUCUCUCCCUCCUUCACCCAAGGGCAUUCACUUAGCGUCGCCCGACAGCAAGUUUGUGCUGCUUUUCGCCAGCGUUCUUGUCACGCUCUUCUUCCUCCGCGCCAUGGAUCGCGGCACCGUCUCGCAAGAAUCGUGCGACAUGGUGCAGCCCAGCAGCAUGGGCCCCGAUGUCAAUGCCUCCAAUCCUUUGCCACCGCAUCUACGGCCAGGAUGCAUUCUUUACUCUGAUAACCGCGCCAUUUCCGCGCAUGCCGAAGCUACACGUGGACUCACCCCCGCCGCUGCGGCGGCCGUGGCGGGCUGGGGCGCGGCGCCUCCGAUACUAUCACUAGAGGAUCUCGCGCAGUUGCCGUUGUACGCGGAGCGGCACGGUUACCUCUUCUUCGAGUCGUAUGAGGGCGUCAACGCGUCGCGCAGGUUCAGGUGGCACAAGGUGACGCUGCUGCGGCACGCGCUGCAGUGCUGCUGUCGGUGGGCGCUAUACGUGGACUCGGACGCUUACAUGCGCAUGGACAUGCACCGCCUCUCCGUCGAGGACUGGGCCGCGCGCGCCAGCAAACGGGGUUACUUCGACUACCUGCUGGGCAAGUCGGACUCGCGGCUGCAGGCGCAAGUGGUGCACGCGGAGCGCAUUCUCGAAGUUCUCACACCGCACGAUGGGGAGGGGGAGCAGGGUGAGGAUGACGAGAAGGAGGAGGAACUGCAGGAGUGGCAAGAGAAGCCUGCUCCCGAGAAGUCGAUGGGGUACAACGGCGAGCCGGAAAACCUCUACGACCCGGAGCACGACUGGGCCAACUCGGGGGUCAUGCUCUUCGGCCACUCGCCUGAUUCUUUCAAGUUCUUGGACCAGUGGUACGAGGCGAUGCUGCCUAAUUACGGCGACCAGCGGCCAAUGAACCUGGUGGCACUCAAGUGGAAGAAGAAGAUUGUGGUGCUGCCUUACUUGGAAUUGACAGGGCCCGAGGGCAACAUGAUCAGACACUUCUGGCAUCCUGUGGGUGCAGACACCCGGAAUUAUGAGCUGCAAAAAGCACUGCUGGGUGUACUUGUGCAGCAGCAGAUGGAAGGUAGAAAGUAA